AUGGCAGAGCUAGCGCUCGCAAUCAUUCCGCUCGGCCUCAAGACAUGUUCUGGGCUUGUAAGUUACCUAGGCGGGCUCAAAGAUCACGAUGAUGCUAUCGCUCGACUCAAACGCCUCACGGAGUCUCUCGAAGGCAGUUUCCGCUUACUUGAAGGUUUUCUAAAGAGCGGCCAGCUGAAUUCUUCGACCUCGCAGGCUGUGGCUCAAGCUCUACAAUGCUUGACCAAUUGCGAGAACGCCUUGAGCAACCUCAAGGAGUUUGGAGAUAAGCUUUCCGCGUCGAAAAUGCCUGACCCUUCGGUGAAAGACAGAGUCAAGGGUAGUUAUCGCAAACUCGCCUACCCGCUGCGGCAAGAUCAGCUCACGCAGUUGGAAAAUACAUUAGAAAGUCUUUGUACACCACUUAACUUGGCUGUCCAGAGCCUGCAGCUAGAGAUACAAGCUGCGACGUCUGAUGCUCUGAUCUUGAACACUACAAGGCUUCAACAAACAUCAGAUGACGUCUCGACUCUUACUUCUGAUGUAUCUGGUCUUCGUGACCCCAUUUCAAGUAUCGAGACGAAACUUCCAUCACUUCAAACUUCCGUCGACGGCAUUGCUCCACAGAUCAGCUUGAUGAUCCAAGCACAGUUUAAAUCUCAAAUGGGCGAGAUCAGACACUCGUUCCAACAAGCCGAGUCUACAGCACGCCAACGUAAUGCUCAAACAAAUGAAAUACUGUCACAGCUGCAAAUUGAUCAUCGAAAUCCUGUCCCUGCUGUUUACAAGCUUGCUGCAAAGCCAAGUGCGCUCUCUACAAUUGCUUCUUCAGUUCUGGCCUGUCCUUGUCGCGCAAGGAGGCUCCGCACUAGGAAGACACUUCGUUUUGGGCCACUCUGCUUGGUUGAUGAGACGACCACCGAUGUUACUCACUACAAGGACUGUGAAUUCGGGUUUGUCGACCCCAAGUACUUGCGAAGUCGAACGGCGAUGCCUACUGAUCUCGGCCCACGAGGUGGCUCUUUGCUCCACCGCUUGACUCUUGUUAUGAACUGUUGUAGCAUGAGAGACCUUAAUUUCAAAAAGCAGAAAUCUACACAUACCGGUCUCGAGCAAUUAUCCGAUUUCCUGAUCACUGCAGGAACACCACUAUCAGCUGUUGAGUCUGAGUGCUGGAUGGCGUGGCAUAUAGCUGCUAAUGAGUUGGUACUUCCGAUGACCAUCAUCAGUCGGUUACAUGUCGAGGAUAUUGAAGUAGCUCCAAUAGCAUCGAAUGUGCCCAGGUACAGUCAUCUCACCCGGCAAGACUAUAUCAAAUAUGAUAAUUCGAACCAAAAGUUUGUUGAAGGUUUAUUCGGACCACUAACGCUCGCUAUUCUGCGUAAUGAUAUAGAGGAGGCAAAACAACUGAUCAACAACUACCCAGAAUGUCUGGAUGAAAUUAGUUUCUAUGGCGAGACUCCCUUUUACUUCGCAAUAGAAAAUCCAGAGAUUCUGGAACCUUUGGUAAAAAAAGCCAAUCCAGAGCAAUUAGUCCGAUCAAGCAGAGUAUUCGCUGGGGAGAUGACCCCUCUCGGCAGAGCAAUCCAGGUCAGUGCAGACAUUUGUCACAACCAGGAAAACAAACAUGGGACUUUUUGCCCUUGCACCACGGCAGUCGAACUUCUUCUAGCAGCUGGCAGCCCAAUUAUACCCUAUCGCGAUUUCUUGGAGCCCAUGAUGCGUGGCCAGGGUUGUUUCACCAGUCUGUUUAUCUACGCUUCAAAUCACUGCAAGGUUCUGCUUGCUAAGCAGUUGCAAUUGUAUCGGCGGGAACUGGGACAGGUAGCUCAAAAGAAGCUGCCGAGAUCAACAAGUGUGCAUGCUAUCGAGUUGGAUCGAAUACUCCGCGAGAGAGGUUUGUUAGGUUUUGGUCGUCUGUCGACAGCAGUAUCUGCCGACCUGAAAAAGAUACCGAGUGGAAAAUAUCAUUCGAGGUCCAUAUACCUGGACAUUACCGACCCUGAAGAUGCAUUUAUCUUCUGGGAUCUAGGCUUUCGAAACUUUCUGGGAACAGUUACACCAACUUAUGCAAUGUGGCUGUAUGAACACUGCCCUAACCUCUGGAGUUUAGUUUGUGAGCACCGGAAAGCUGAGUCACCUAUCUUUGUUCUGGCGGAAGUCAUUCUCAGUCGUUACCGUGAUCAUAAUAUUGGAUAUGACGAGAUGGUACAGUAUCUCGUUAAUUCUCCAAUAGCCAUUGAAGACACCGACGAUUGUGUGUGUCAAUGCUCACCCCAAGGAUGUACACCUUUUACUCAUGGAAUCAAAUUCUUGGAUACCGCGUAUCACUUGGGAAGCAGUUCGCUUCGAUUACUUGUCAGCGAAUAUGGACAGAUGCUGAGUCUGAGUCAACAUAUAGCUGUUUUAAGGCAAGCGACCUUUCAGGAGCUUCAUAUGGAACACACAUGUAUCGACAAACCAGGUCACUUAGAAGAUGGGUCAUCAGAAAGCGAUUUUGAUCCUUCGGCAAAAGAUUUAGAGAUGGACACGUUCCUUAACGAACUGGCCAUGGAAUAUCAGGCAUUUUUACUCCGUGACGCUGACGAGUCACCUUACAAAACUAGAGAGUGCUGCGAUGAUGAUACUCUCAAAGUGAGAUCAAGAAGGCAUUCGCGUGCUAUGUUGUUCUGGGAUUUCAUUUGGCCAUCGAGAGUGCACGAUAUUGAGAAAAAAUUGGCAUCCUCGUGGAUGCCGGAUCGAGGGGCCUUGGAUGACCUAGGGGUCUCUCUUUGGAUGGAAGAUGACCUGGAAGUCUCUCUCUGGAUGGAAGAUGAAGAACAGAUGAAUAGACUUAGGAUACUGACAGAGGGGGAUUGCAGACGCUGGUUUCGUGAAAUGAUGGAGAAGCUUGAAACGAUCGAAUAG